CGCUUUGACAUUUGUCAAAGAUGGUUCUAUUCGUAGUUCGUGCACUUCAGUAAAUUAUUUACGCGUGAUUCAUUAAUUCGAUUACAAACAUCCUUUAAUUACCCAAUUAAACUGUUUAAAAAUGGCGUUGAGCGCUAAAGCGGAAGAUUACUUCCGUACAAUGAAUCCACUGGCUUCAAAAAUGCACGAAGACAUUUGUGAGGCUAAAAACUCUUAUGAAAACAUCUGGGAUACGCUUACUGAGAAGGAAAAGACUGAAAUAAUAAACGAAUCAAUCAUAAAACCCGAAAUCUCUCUAAAAUAUGCUCUACUUGACACGCUAGAGUUUGAUUUAGACAACCCACCAGUCCGCAAAGAUGAUCUCAUGUCUUUCUUCGGUCGGGACCAUGGUCAGAGAAUCAUUCAGGAUGAGAACACUUCAUAUAGGGAUGAGCAUUCGGCUCCAUUCCUAUAUCAGACGAAGAGUCAGCUGAAUCUUUGUGUGCUGAGCGAACACAGGCCUCCAAAAGAGCCCCCCACUUCACCGCCCCCCGUGAUGUCAGAACUGGCGAUGUCCCACUCGAAAGUCGUCAGCGAACUGAAAAACGCCCUCAAAUCACACGACAUUCUGAAGUAUAAAGAGCCUCAAGAAAAGGACAGUUCGCCGGGAUUCAUUACCAAAUUUAUGGGUAACUUCAAAGCCAAAGACGAAGAACGCGAAUGCCUAGUGGGUGGCACAGCGGCACAAAUAGUGGCGUCUAGCGAGAAUUUCUUCCGGACCAACUUCAAGAGUCCCCACUCAGAGACCAAGUUCGAGAAGGACUAUAGGAGUAGCAUUGCGAAGAGUAGCAGCGAUCUCUCCGAAGAAAACCGCGGCCUCCUUUCCUCAAGCCAAGCGUCGUCUGGAACGGACUUCCAGUCCACGGAAACGUUGACCGAUUCCGUGCCAAAGACGGGUUACGAUUUCCUGGACAACUGGUAAUACAUGCCCGAUCUGACAUGGUUAUAAGUCAAUGGGUCAAAGUUUGUUGCGUUGCGAUUGUCUAAUUUUUCUUACUCAAGUAUAGUACAGUUUUUUGAAAAGAUUUUUACGCUAAGACACUAAUCUGUUAAGCAAAAGCCAUUGUUUCUUUUGUGCGAGCGGUCGGCUCCCGUGUUAGGGAUUUGUAAAAGCAACAAUGUCGUUUAAAAGAUAAAGAUAAGAUAAAGAAAAAGAUAAAAAAUGUUUAUUGCCGCAACUACCAAAGAUACAAAAUAAAAAUAACAUAGAACGUGAGGUAAAACAAAAUACACUUAAUUGCACAAAAUAAAUUAUCCAAAAAUCACAAAAAAUUUACUACAGUUCUUACCUUUUUACCUAUGUGGUUUAUUGGUAUAGGCAAUGGGUACCUGUCUCAGCUUUAUUGCUAGAUAUAUACACAGCGCUGAUUUUCAGACGGGUCCCUUUUUUUGACAGGUCGGUUAAAAAGCAACUGUAUAGUGAUAGUAUUAAGGUUCAAAUUUAUGUAACAUGUUUUGGUAAUGUAGGUGAGCGCUUAUAUUAUUACAUAGAUUUGAACUUAAAGACACGAUACAGUUGAUUUUUAAAGGACAUUGUUGCUUUAUUUUUAUUUUUUUUAUUUUAUUGAUAAAAAUGUUUACAUGACAUUACAGUUGAACCAAUGCGUCACGAAACUUAAACUAACUAAUAAUUAUAAGUAUUAACAAUUAUAAAACAAUAAUGGCCCAUUAACAAAUUAAAUUGGGACAGUAGAGCACCUAGCAUCCAUCGCCUCACAGAAUCUCAAGCAUUCACUAUACACUACUUUGCUAUAUGGUUAAUACGGGAGCUGACCGCUCACAUUAAAGAAACUUUGGCUUCCGUUUAACAUAUUAAGGCUAAAUAUCAUUUGAGAAAUAUUAUACUUUACUAGUGACAAUUUAAUUACUGACAGCCAAAGAUACAUUGAUUGUGUAAGAUGUGUAAAAGUGUGUCGAAUUUGUGUCAAGAACUAAAUAGCGCUGUAGAACUCACAUUAUAAUUGUUUGUCAAAAUAUGACGUUUUACAAUAAUUAAAUGACCUGGUACAGCACUAUCUGGUUCGGCUGUCAAACUUGGACACGUUGAUCAUGGGAGUCGCCAGGGGGGGGGGGGGGGGGGG